AUGCUCGGACUGAGGGGUUCCGCAUUCAUUACUGGUGCUGGAUCGGGGAUUGGUAGAGGCGUGGCUCUUGCCUUUGCGCGAUAUGGAGUCAACCGACUAGCUCUCCUUGAUCAUAAAGCCAGUUCUCUUGAGGGAACCCGCAAUCAACUUAAAAUAGACUUCCCGGAGACCGAAAUUGCGAUACUUCCCGCCGAUGUCACUGAUGAAGUAUCCAUACAAGAAGCUGUCAGACAAGCAACAGGACAAUUCCGAAGGAUUGACUAUGGUAUCAACUGUGCUGGAAUUGGUGGAAGCCGGGAUCCAACCCACGAGAUGGCACUGGAAGACUGGAAAAGAGUCAUUGAUAUCAAUCUGACAGGUGUUUGGAUCUGCCAAAAGCAUCUCCUCCAGCAGAUGUUAAAACAAGACUCUCGUAGUGACCGUGAAGGACGCGGGGUUAUAGUGAAUAUAGCUUCUAUGUACGGCCUUUCCAGUCCUCCGCCCGCCGUGGGCGUCUCGGCCUACACUGCGUCCAAACAUGGUGUCAUGGGGCUCACAAAGACGGAUGCUAAAGUGUAUGCGCGAAAAGGAAUUAGAAUCAAUGCCAUUUGCCCCGGUUACGUACAUACGCCCCUGAUUGGCAAGGCCAUCGAAUCGGGGUCGAUGGAUAAAGAAUUUGAAAGAACACCCGCUGGAAGAGCCGGCACGGUCGAAGAAAUUGCUGAUUCCAUUGCUUUCAUCGCGUCACCAAUGAGCAGUUUCACUUACGGGACUGGAAUGACUGUCGAUGGCGCUUACUCCAUUUAA